AUCAGUGAGGCUGGAAAAGAGCUCUGGGCUUGACUCCAGCCUAUGAUUGAACCAGACCAUGGCCCUGAGUGCCAUGUCCAGUCUUUCACCUCCAGGGAUGGUGACUCCACCACCUACUGCGUGGAAAAAGCCAUCCCUCUCCCACAGUCCCCAAAUCUCCUGCUUCAGUGAGGAUUUUAAGGGCACUUCCAGCACAGAUCUUAUAUCCUAUACAGGGCUGUAAAUAAGCAGCUUUAUCUCCAUUUCCCACUCCCUUCCAGACCCCUGAAAAGCGACUCUAGAAGAGAAUAAAGGAUAAACCUGUGCAGAAAAGCAGCCCUGGGCAGGAUCUGGCUGGAGCUGGAGAUGCCACCGAGCCCACACAGGGCCCUCUCUUAGUGCAUCUUUCCAGCUUUGACUUCAUGGUCUAUUUUCAGCACAGCUAAAGGUCCAGCACUUUCAGAGCAGCCCAUUUAGCACCAUCAGGAGGAAGUCCCAGCCUUGCCCCCCAUGACCCACAAGGCAGAUUGGGCUGUUAGAUUCACCCAGAGGCCGCUUCCCAAGCCCGUGGGUCGCACGCGUCCCCCCGCGGUGUCACAGCAGCGAAACCUCCCGCUCCCCCCGCGGUGACUCAUGAGCUGACAGACCCUUCCUGAAUCACUGAGGCUGGAAUUGCAGCUGUUCCCCUGGCCCCCUCCCUUCCUCCUUGUCCAAUGUGUCAUAUUAAAGGGUGAUCGGCUUACACAUGCUGCAGUAUGGAUUCCUUAAGCUCUGCAGCGCUGUGUCUAUAUAUAAAGCCCCGAGCUGGAAACUGAAGUGCACAGACAGCUGGGAGCGUAGUGAGUGCUUCAUUCCCGGUGUGCCGGUGGUCUGGAAGCCCACGAGGCUGUGAGCUCUGCUUUGAGCAAGUUUCUUUACUCAGGUAUAGCUAUAGCCACCACUAUUUACCCAUAAAAGAGAGAUUUGGGCAAAGAACGAGCAGUUACUCAUCACCAUGGGUUUGCCUCUUGAUCAAGUGGAAGAAUUGCGGCUCUACCAGCAAACUCUUCUCCAGGACGGACUCAAAGACAUGUUGGACCACAAUAAGUUUCUGGACUGUGUCUUAAAAGUCAAAGGGAAGGAGUUUCCCUGCCAUCGGCUGGUGCUGGCAGCCUGCAGCCCCUAUUUCCGGGCCAUGUUCCUCUCAGACAUGGAAGAGAGCAAGAAGAGGGAGAUCAACUUGGAAGAUGUGGAUCCAGACGUCAUGGGCAAGAUCCUCCAUUACAUCUACACCUCCGAGCUGGAGAUCACCGAGCAGAACGUGCAGGACAUCUUCUCCGUGGCCAACAUGUUCCAGAUCCCUUCCAUCUUCACCGUGUGCGUGUCCUUCCUGCAGAAGCGGCUCUGCCUCAGCAACUGCCUGGCCAUCUUCCGGCUGGGAUUGAUGCUGGACUGCGCCCGGCUGGCUGUGGCUGCCCGGGAUUUCAUCUGUGACCGCUUUGCGCUGGUCUCCCGGGACGAGGAGUUCUACCAGCUCUCCCCCGACGAGCUGAUUGCCAUCAUCUCCAGCGACUCCCUCAACAUCGAGAAGGAGGAGAGCGUCUUUGAGGUGGUGAUGAAGUGGGUGGAGACCAAGGACCGUGAGAGCCGGCAGAAGGCCUUGCCCGUCAUCUUCGAAAGCAUCCGCUUCCGCCUCAUGCCCAACGACUACAUCAGGGACCACGUGGAGAAGCACGCCAUGGUCAAGUCCAGCCCGGAGCUGCUCAAGAAGCUGCAGAUGGUGAAGGAUGCCCAGAAAGGCAAAUUCACUGUGGUGAAGAAGAAGAAAGUGAAGAAGAACAGUGAGAAUCAAGCAAAGGAGAAUGUUGUCAAUGGAGCAGUGGAUGAAGGGGAAGAUGCAGAGGAGGACGCUCUCCCUGGGAUCCUGAAUGACACCAUGCGCUUUGGGAUGUUCCUCCAGGACCUUAUUUUCAUGGUGAGCGACAGUGGAGCAGUGGCCUAUGACCCCAAUGCCAACGAGUGUUAUUUUGCCUCCCUGUCUACUCAAAUCCCAAAGAACCACAUCAGCCUGGUGACCAAAGAGAAUCAGAUCUUCAUUGUUGGAGGACUGUACUACAAUGAGGACAACAAAGAGGAUCCAAUGAGCUCCUACUUCCUACAGUACGACCAUCUGGACGCAGACUGGCUGGGGAUGCCCCCCCUGCCCUCCCCUCGCUGCCUCUUCGGCCUGGGGGAGGCAGAAAACUCAAUUUUUGUGGUUGGAGGGAAGGAACUGAAGGAGGGAGAGAAGACCUUGGAUUCAGUCCUGUGCUACGACCGGCUGUCCUUCAAGUGGGGUGAGGCCGAUCCCCUUCCCUACGCAGUCUAUGGCCACGCAGUGGUGUCACACAAGGAUCUUGUCUACGUCAUCGGGGGCAAAGGAAGUGACAAGAAGUGCCUGAAGAAGAUGUGUGUUUACAACCCAGCCAAGUUUGAGUGGAAGGAAUUGGCUCCCAUGAAAACCGCCCGCUCCUUGUUCGGAGCCACCGUGCACAAGGACAAAAUCUACGUGGCAGCUGGUGUGACUGACUCUGGUUUGACCAACUCGGUGGAGGUCUACGACAUUGCCACCAACAAGUGGGACACCUUCACUGAGUUCCCUCAGGAGCGCAGCUCUGUCAGCCUGGUCAGUCUGUCCGGGGUGCUCUACCUGCUCGGGGGCUUCGCCACGGUGGAGACGGAGUCGGGAGAGCUGGUGCCAACGGAGCUGAACGAUGUUUGGAGGUAUGAUGAGGAGCAGAAGAAGUGGGAAGGGGUCCUCCGGGAGAUCCAGUACGCCUCCGGUGCCACGUUCCUUCCCGUGCGCCUCAACGUUCUGCGCCUAACGAAGAUGUAGUCAGGCGUGAUUGUUCUUCUUUCCACGGGGUGCUGGGGCAAGGAGGGAUGGGGGAGAUGCUUAUCAGGGAUAUGGCAUCUGGACUCUGCCCAGGACAUUGCAUCUGUGAUUAGUUCUUUUUUGGAUAAGUGGGGAAGAGGGGAGAGUAUCUGGGAAAAUUCUGGGAACUUGAAGGUGCUCACAAGGUAAUUACAGAGGGGAUCUGUAAGGAGCUGGGCAAGGCUGAGAAGCACAGAAAAAUUAGUUAUUCCUGUCUCAGGAGACAGGACAAAUAGAUCAUACAUUUUUUGACUUCUUUCUCCAUGUUUUUCCCCAUCUUUUCAACUGCUUUGGACCUCUCCAACAAAACAGCAGAUGCAGAAAGUGGGGGCUAAGAUGACAUUCCCCAGGGAAAGAUAUCUAAAAAGCAUUUUCCAGCCUGAGGUGUCUGUCAGCAGAGUGUUCCUUGAAGAGGAGAAGGAAGGGUUAAAGUCAACUGGUACAGGAGAGAUCUGAUAGUAUUUGAUGAGUUCCUGAGUGAAGAGUGUUGUUGGGAUGAGACAGUUAAAGAUCACGUGAGCUGCAGAAGCACUUUGGAAGUUGGAAUUAAAAGCAAAUAAUCUUAGUUCUUCACCUCCACCUUGGCUUUGGAGUGAUGAGAGACUGGGAGCUGUCUCAGGAAGGGAGGAGUCAUGGAAGUUUUAGGGUGGGAAAGGGGGAAGAGAUGGACAGGGGAUGCCAUGUGUGGUCAUCUCCAGCCUUUUGGGCUCCUCAUCCUCAAUCACAGAUCACAAUGUCCUCACCUAUGGAUGGACAAAUUCUGUUUUUAGGGAAAGGUUUUAUAUUUUUUGCUGUUUCUCUUAUUUUUAAUGUUCAGACUUUCUUUUUUUUUUUUUUUUAAGAGUAUUUUACUUUGCUAAGACCUCAGAUGUGUUUGUCUCAAAGAGAAUUUCUGACUGAGGAAAAAUGCAUAUUUAUUUUAAAGCUGUCAAUAAUGAAGUCUUGAUAGAGACACGACUGGACUGGCAGCAGAAAAAAAGAUCUGUUAGUGCAAAAAUCUCCUGAUGCCCACACCAUCUGACCAGUGCUUUACUUAAAAAUAAAUGUGACUAUUCCAAAAGAAAUCCCUUGUGUUUGCACAUUGAGAGAGCUGAAACUGAUCCUUCACAGCAACCAAAGACAAGGACUGAGCACAAGUUGUGAUGGACACAUGCAGCAAAACAACCCCAUGGAGAGCCCCAUCUUUUCUUGUUAUUUUCCCCCAUUUGGGAGCUGAAAUUUUAGGAUCUGUGUCCUUCCAGCUCUUUCCCAUGGAUACCACAACUAGGAGUUUACCCAGGACUAGAAGGAAGAAGGGUGCCUACACUGACAGGGUGAGAGGAAACAGCCUCAAAUUGUUCCAGGGGAGGUUUAGAUUGAAUAUUAGAAUGAGUUUUUUCACAGAAAUGAUUGUAAAGCAGUGGAAGAGGUAGUGAUGGACUCCCCAUCCCUGGAAAUGUUCAAAAAACAUGUGGAUGCGACACUUAGGAAUAUGGUUUAAUGAUGAACAUGGUGGUGGUGCUGGGUUGGUGGCUGGACAUGAUGAGAUUAAAGGUCUUUUUCAGCCUUAGCAAUUCUAUGAUUCUGUGAUGUCUUAGCACCAUUAAAAGGGGUGAUGAUCAAUAACAAUUUAAAAAAUUGUUUUCUCACAAAAUCUCGCAAAUCUCGCAAAAUAAUUGCCUCAAAUGGUAUGAAAAUUCUGGUAUCACAAAUCAUACCUGGGUGAUUCAUCUAGAUCAAAAUGCAGUUGUGGAGAAAACAUGUUUGGAAGGAAAAAGAUUUCAAGAAAAAGAAUUCAAGGGAACCAGAGUCUUGUCCUGGUUUCAUUUGAAGGAUUUAGGAAGUUAGAGGAUAAGCUCCUUAAAGGACAAUCACAUCAGAACGGUAAUGAAAUAUUUCAGAAGAAAAAGAAAUCCAAGGUGACUGGCUGUCACAAAGUA